AACAGUAGCAUUAGCCGUAACAUGUUUAGCAUUCAAAUGCUAUUUUAUGCUAGCUUAGCUUCUGAUAGGCUAACUCUUUUUAGCAUAACUUGAACACAACAAUAGUCUUUCCCAGCAUCAAAUCGUUUAGAAGCAGAAAUUAUCCAAGAGAAUCAGCUUCAUUGCUGCUGUUAGCGAUGUAGCUGUGCGUCAAAUUUGCCGACUUACCAGAAACAGGAAUACAAAGGUUCCUGCCAGAACUCUUAACACAAAAAAACAAUGAAUUGUAUUAAAAUAUUUAAUGCUUUAAAUCUGAAAUUAAUUAUGGAAUGAAUGUUUUAAAAUCCUGCCAUUAGUAGAAAUGUGUUGGAUUUGCUGCAGAUGCUCUGUCAUGGUUCUGAUGAAGUUCUGAUGUUUUUGUGGAUCUGAUUAGGUUCUGCUUCUGGUUCUGAUCGGGUUCUGUUGUUUUCCUGAGAUGGGAUCAAUAAUUCAGGAAGCUGCUUUCCUCCCGGCUCCUUCUGGCUCUCAGGGUUUUGGCAUCUUGCCGGCUUUCUGGAGACAGAUGGUGAAACGGCUGGGAAUCAAACACCGACUGUCCUCCUCUUCCUCCUCCUCUUCCUCUUCCUCCUCUGCAUGACAGACAAACAGAUGAAACCUGGAGACGGAUCUUCUGUUGCCAGAUCAGAGUCAGGAGAUGUUUCAGUUCUGGUUCUGGUCCAGGCCCGGUGCCAGCCUAUAGCGUCACCCCCCCACUGCCUUCCCAACCUCCACCGUCUCUAUGGCAACGACCACGUUGAUGUUUUGGGUUUCAGCUCCUCUUCCUCCAGGUGGUUUUGUUGGGAGUCACGUGGGCCCGGUUCUGUUGACAGAACCGAUCUGGACCCUCGUUAAGUUCUGGAUCUGGAAUAGUUCUGUUUCCGUUCCGGUUCUGCAUUGGUUCUGGUUCUGGAAUGGUUCUGGUUGUGUUCUCAGGCUGCAGUUCGUCCCCUCCGCCUGCAGAUGGCGCCCCAGGCUGCCGUUCAUCCAGCUUAGGUUUUCUUGCUGAACGUUCUCUGGUUGUUCCAGGGCCGUAUCUACAGGGGGCAACUGGUGGGGCCAACUGCCCUCUCUGCCCCCUUGCAGCAGAGCUUAGCUUACCCCAAUCAUGUUUUAUGUCCUGAAAAAUACACAAAUCUGUCUAGUUUUAGUGAUGACCUUUGACACCUGACCUGGCCUUUAAACACUCAGGUUGUUCUGUGACAGAAGCGCCUGCUGAAGUCGAUGGACCGUUGCAGUUUGAUACGUUUGUUUGAAGAUUCCCAACUGAGAGUCUUGUGUUUGGUUUGUUAGCCAUUAGCAUAUUUCACUAGUUAGAUUUUCUAACAAUAAACUCAAGAACCGUCGAUAACUACCCGGCUUAGCCUGCUCUGGGAUCGAUUGGUAGUACCUCCAUCCUCCACCAGGGGGCUCAGGCAGAACCCAGAGGAACCUGCAGCAGGAACGGGUUCUACUCAGCACUAUAGACCUGAACCAAGAUGGGAUCUGCUGUUUCUGGUUCUGAUGGUUCAGGUUCUGGUUAGAAAUCAGGUCAAGUUCUGAGGAUUCAUCGGGCCUUCAGCUCACUGAGUUCUGAUUGGUUCUGAUCACCUGUCCAAUCAGAGCAAAGCUGAGCUGCUGAGGUGUAUUCGUUUGGACCAAUCAGAGCACAGAGUGUGUUCUGGUGCUGGUUCCUCAGAACCCGCAGGCUGCUUUGGAUCAGAACCAGUGGAGGCGGUUCUUGAUCCACAGCACGGCCUGGUUCUGGACUAGUGAAGCUUCCGGUUCUGAUGGCCCACAUGAUUGUGUCCAGAUGGGUUCUGAUGGCAGCAUCUGUGAUUCUGCAGCUACCGGGUUCAGUCCAGUUGGGACUGAUAAAAAUGUGGGUCGGGUCCUUCAACUUCUAACCUGGACAGUUGAGGCACAAGCUCCGCCCCCAAAACACCUGAUGGUGCUGAGCCCACCAUCAUCAUCAUCGUGAUGAUGAUGAUGAUGAUGAUGAUGAAGAAGUAGUUUGGUGACUUCAGUAACUUCUUCUGCGGUUCUGACCCGGUUCUCCUCCGGUAUUCCACCUUCUGUUCCUCUCUGUCCUAAGGAGGGGGGAGGGCACUAGUGGCGCUCUCGUGCAAGCGCGCGCGCACCCAGUAGCAGUAUACUUGUGAAAGUGCGCGCGGAGGAUCGAUGUUGUUAUUUGUGAUCGAUCAGCGGCGCGUGUGAUCAGUCUGUGGCCGCACACGGAGCGACGCAGUCCGGCGGAGGAGCAGCGGAGGAGCCGGUGUUCGGAGCUGGAGGAGUUCGGGACAGUCUCUCGGCUCCCGGGUCGUCCCGCCACCUCUCCCCGCUCCCGGCAGCGCUUGUCCCGGGAAAGACUCCGUUGCUGCACCGCUCUCUUUCUCCGGAGCGCAGGGGAGCCGCACGCCGGCCGCGGCGCACCGCAGAGCGGUCAGGGAUGCCGGCGGGGGGCGCUUCUGGACGCGGUUCUUGGGUUCUGUGAAAUUCAGUUCGGGACCGGUUUGUAUCUUUGUUCUGUCCGUCGAACCUCCUGAGGUCCUCGCUGCUGCUCUGACUGGACUUGUGCGGUGUCGCCGGAGAUGCGGUUGGAUUGUGGGCGGAAAGUUGUGCGCUCCCUGGCGGAGGGCCUCCACAGGUCCGGACCGUGACCCGGGGCGGGUCCGAAGUUCAGCUCUGCCCGGAAAUGUGAAGCGAAGCGGGCAGAAGGAGGGCUCCGUUUCCCCCUCACUCACUCUCACACACACUUUGUUUUUCGCUCUUCACACACACAGACCAACACACACACACACACACACACACACACACACACACUGGAGUUACAGUAACACCCCCACACACACACGUGCGCGCACGCGCGCGGUCGCACACAGCUUCCGGAGCUCAGAGCCCAGCGGACAGAUAUGUAUUCUCCGCUAUGUCUGACCCAGGAUGAGUUCCAUCCGUUCAUCGAGGCGCUGCUCCCCCACGUCCGGGCCUUCGCCUACACCUGGUUCAACCUGCAGGCGCGCAAGAGGAAGUACUUCAAGAAGCACGAGAAGCGCAUGUCGAAGGAGGAGGAGCGAGCGGUGAAGGAUGAGCUGCUGGGCGAGAAGUCCGAGGUGAAGCAGAAGUGGGCGUCUCGCCUCCUAGCCAAGCUGCGCAAGGACAUCCGGCCCGAGUUCCGGGAGGACUUCGUGCUGACGGUGACGGGCAAGAAGGCGCCGUGCUGCGUGCUGUCCAACCCGGACCAGAAGGGCAAGAUGCGGCGCAUCGACUGCCUGCGGCAGGCCGACAAGGUGUGGCGCCUGGACCUGGUGAUGGUCAUCCUGUUCAAGGGAAUCCCGCUGGAGAGCACGGACGGCGAGCGGCUCGUCAAGGCGCCGCAGUGCGCCAACCCCGGGCUCUGCGUCCAGCCGCACCACAUCGGCGUCUCCGUCAAGGAGCUCGACCUCUACCUGGCCUACUUCGUGCACUCAGAAACCAGCCAAUCAGAAAGCCCCAACCAGGCCAGCGAAUCAGAUAUCAAGGAGCAGCCAGAGAACGGUCACCUGGGAUUCCAGGACAGCUUUGUCACACCUGGAGUCUUCACCGUGGCCGAACUUGUCCGAGUCUCCCAGACUCCCAUCGCGGCCGGAACCGGACCCAACUUCUCCCUGGCCGACCUGGACAGCUCCUCCUACUACAGCAUGAGUCCAGGAGCCAUGAGGAGGCCGCUGCCCAGCACCUCCUCCUCCAGCUCUGCCAAGAGGAUAAAGUGCAUGGAGGAGGACGUUGACAGUCCGGGCGAGGAGUCCUACUACCCAGGUCCGGGUCGGUCUCCGGGCAACGGCGGCCAGGCCGGCAGCUGGCACGACGUGGAGCCAGCCAGCCCCCACGCCCCCCCCUCCGGCCUCCACUUCUCCUCCUCCCCCAUCCUGCAGCAGCCCGCCUCCUACUUCUCCCACCCGGCCAUCCGCUACCACCCACAGGAGACGCUCAAGGAGUUCGUCCAGCUGGUGUGUCCUGACUCCGCCCAGCAGGCCGGACAGGUGGGCCUCCUCAAUCCCAGCAGCAGCUCCCAGACGAAGGUCCACAACCCGUUCCUGCCGACGCCCAUGCUGCCCCCCCCGCCGCCCCCUCCGAUGGCCCGGCCCGUCCCGCUGCCCGUCGACACCAAGCCCCCCCCCACCUCGUCCACAGAGGGGGGCGGCAACUCCCCUUCUUCCCCCACGUACUCCACCCCCACCACAUCUCCAUCCCAGCGGUUCGUCAGCGUCGGCCCUCGAGACCCCGGCUUCAAUAUCCCUCAGCAGCCACAGUGGUACCUGGGAUAAGGACUCCGGAGGCGCAGACGCCCUCUACGGCCAGCCGCUGCAGCCUGUCCUCCAACACCAGCUGUCCCUGGUCAACCCUGUCACUGGUCCUGCAGAUCCCGGCUCCACCGUCAAUGACUCAGCAUCGGCAUGGCUAAAGCAGAUUAAGCGCUCCCAUGCUGCGAAUCGUUCGUCCCAGAAUUCCUUGCAGACUCUUGGAUCGUAUAUCUGUAGUGCUGGAUCUGAGUCCUGAACCUUUUUCCCUGAAUCCCUGACCUAUGGGGUAAUGGGGGAAGCGACCUGUUCUGGGAACGUUGUCAGACUGAGUCCCAGAUAUUCCUCUGUGGAGGACCUACCUAUCCAUCACUUUGUGCCGCGUGAACUUGCAGUGGUUUGAAGCCCUCCAGGCUGCCACCACCCCUUCCUCCUUAGUGGAUCCCUGCAGCCGGGGGCAGGCAGGGGGCCGCCUGGCUCAGAGACACCAGCUGAAACAAACCUGGGACGGACCCUGCCUCCUUCCCUAGAUCUCUUCAGGACUUGGACGGUAGCAUGAAGGGAAGAGCUGAGCCGGGGGCAGAACUAACCGUGGGGGCUCUGGGUGGGGUGUCCCGAAGGUGGUCUGGAUUCGCUGCUAUGCUUCACCAGGCGCUCGUUUCUCUGGAGGCUUCAUGGCUCAUUGGUUUCUCUCUUUUAGCCUCCAUUCUCUCCUUCCAUUCAUCCACCUGUCCAGGUGAAGAGGCAGCGUACGCAGGGCGGACCGAACCCCCGGGGGUCCGGAGCCACUCCGCCAGUCAGGGGAGAGCCCCGCCUCUCAAACUUAACAGUGAAAUCAUGAGGAAAAGUGCAAUUUUGUUGAUUAGUUGUUGGAUUAUUAAAUAUAUCUAAAUGUAUAUUUUUCUUGUAGUCCGCUCAGACCUGGGACUCUAAAACACUGGGCGACAAACCGACACGCAGCCUUGGGGAACACCAACCCAGUCGGAAACUACCAAACCGCGUCGUUCUUUGAUAAUCUGGUAGUUUGAGAUGAGAACGUCUGAAUCAGAGAUCAGUUUCUGAGCAAAGGACUGAUGUUCAUUCAGCUCAAAUAGAAACGAAUAACGAUUCCUUUAUUUAAAAUGUAUUCUACGUCAGGGAAACGAAAUGUCUCCUGAGGCCAAAUCACAACAAUUUAAGCUUGAAACGAAUCAGUUUGGCAAGAUAAUCUGCCUGGCAAUGGGCUGCCAUUUGAUUGGCUGGGUCUUCCAGAGCCUCCAUCCAAUCAAAAGCACUUCUUCCUCCAGCUGGCCAAUAGGCUGCGAGUGUGUCAUCAGGGGGCAUGGUUUAUUUAUGAAGACUUUAACUCUUCUUCAGUUUGGUUUUUCUUCCUUAUUCUAUAAAUAUCUAUAGACACACACAGACACACCCAACGUUAACAUGAGUUUAAGUGAAAAAGUCAUAAAAAAAGAAGUAAAAAAAUCUGCAUGUGUUCGUGUUUGUGGCCGUUUUCUCCAUAGAUGACGUAGUUAGUGAUAAACGGACGAUAUCCUGUAAAACAUGAGGCACUUGCUGUGGGUUCUUCACUUCCCUACAGCUCUCGGUUCUUUUCCUCGUUUUCCUGGCAGCAACAGAACCGGUCCGCUCUUCAAAUCCGAAACGUUCCUUUGUCUGUUCUGUAUCUAAAUUAGCCGAUCCUGGUCUGUGCCACAAACACUAGCAGGAUGUCCAACCUGUGGUCGAACCAGCAUCAAGAUGGCCUGCAGGUGGCGCUGUAGGCUGAAUAAUUUCGGUUUUAUUAGGAGGAAGUUGUGAAGAACUUGUUUUGGAGGCGGUUAGGGGAAAGUUCAGAAGGUCUCCUCCAUGUUUGAGACUGGAUCUCCUGAUGGCUGCAGAUGGAAACGUUUGCUGGACGUUUUCCACCAAAGCAGCUCCAGGUCCGAACCACAAGCUGCUCUACAGCCCAUAAUUAUUCGUACCCCUGGCAGGCUUGCCUCUAAUUUGUUUCUGAUUGGAAACAAAGCUCUUUCUAUAUAACAAACAUAUCUCUAUUAUAAGAGACAUAAAAAAUCAGCUUUAUUUAUAUUAGAAUAACAAUCUGCAUCAAUUAUCAAUUAAAACAUUUUUACCCCCUGAUGAAUGAGUGAAGCUUUCCAGCUUCAUGCCUGUCUUGUUGUAUAUAUAGCCAAACGUUGUUUGAUACUUAUUCCUCUCAUAUUAAGCUUGAUUUUAGACAUGCUCUGAUACCACCCAGUGGUCGGAGUGUGAACUACAUGUGGUUCAUGGAAGCGAAAUUGUGCAAAAGGCCGAUAAACUGUUAAUAAUCUGAAUCCUCAACUAGGUUGUGCAAUAAAAAUAUAUUCUUUGACUAACUAAUGUUUUGCAUACAUGAUAUAUUAAAACAGACCACAUUAAAAUUCUAAAAUUUAUUUCUAAUUUGUGUUUGAAGUUUUUUAGUGACACUUGGCAACUAAUGAAUGAAAAUUAACCAAUAUAUAAUAUUUAGAUAUAUUUGUGAAAAAAAGUAAAUGGUAUUUUUAUUAUAUAUAAAUAUUAUUUAAUAAAUAAUUAUUUUCACAAGUAAAUACCCUAAUAUAAUAGCUGUUUUAUCUGGAUUUAGGGAACAAAAACUUCUAGGACAUUACAGUAAAAACAUUUUUCAGUAGUUAGCUCUAUUUGAAACGCUGCAGGAUGAAAACAAAUGGUUGUUCUAAAUAUCUGCUGAAAAUCAGUUUGUAAAACUGAUUUCAUGGGACUGAUGUGAAGGAAUUUUACAGUAUUUAAAACACUAUGAUGAUGAAAAAUCAGUGGUUGUUCAAAAAGAAAAAUUUGACUCAAUUUCAAUCUUUUUUAAGCAAAAACAUUCUCUAUGAAAUUAUUACUGUAGUAAGACUGAACAAUCUGUUUCAUUCCUUAACUGCCUGGUGUUGCUAAUUAGCAUCACAGCUAAAUUUACACUAAUGGUGACUGAAAUAUUCAAAUUUAUAAUGUCUAAGUUUUUGUGCAUUCAGGCAUUAAGGGGUUGUUAGCUUGUGGGCGGAGCAGCUUGUUGGUCCUCCACUGUUCAGAUGAGAAUAAAUGGAGUUAUAAAGCGCAUUGUGAUUGGUUGCUGGAUGUUCUGGUUCUGGAGCAGAGACAGAACCAGCUUAGUGGAGCCCAGACAUCCAACUCCACCUGCAGGUCAGCUUUAGAACUCCCGAGUCUCCCUGUUGUUACCACAGGGCUCCAGUAGGGGGCAGAGGAGCAGAAACAGCUUCCGGCGCUGCUGUUUGCUGCUCGUUUGACUGAAUCCGGACCUUCUGGUCGACCGCUUCGUGAUCUUCUCCGUCUUUCCAGGGAAUUUUCCGUCUGUUGCUGUAAAAAGGUUUCACGUCUUCCCGUUUGUCUCCCUGAUUGUUCCCAGAUCCGAGUAUCGGAUGUAAAUUAUGCAAUAUCUGCUUGCACUCUGAGACGUCUUUUUAUGGUUAGUUUUCCUUCCUUCAGACCGAAGCCGGACCCCACGGGGCCGCUCGGGUGGCUCUGGUCUGAUGAGCCAGGCUGCUGUCUCAUGAACCCGAACUUAAACAAAUCCAAGCUGUCGUCCGUCAGAGUGCGGACGGUUCUGUGAAACGGAUCUGUCCGGUUCUGUGAGGGCCGAGGGUCAGUUCUGUUCCUGCCUUCCCUUUGGCUGUGAGUUGGGCAUUAACUAUCUGCACUAAAUAUGAGAUGAUGAAUAAAGAAAAGCAGCUUCUAGAUCAAAUCGGUUGAAGGGAAUAAAUUAGAAAAUUGCACGGACAUUUUUUAAAGUGUCAUAAAAUCUGAUCAGUUGGUUUGAGUCCGACUCUGGCUGAACGUUCGAGACGUUCUUAAGAAAACUACAAUGAGUGAGAGCAGUAGUGUGGGCAGCGAGUUUGUUUGCUGUUUGUUCAUUUAGUUGGUUCUGCAGUGAGGGCAGAGGGAGCGCCUCCUACUGGCUGGAGGCCUGACUGAGUGCUGUAUAGUUUAUUGAUUUUAAAGCUGCCCUAUUUUCUAAUGCAGGACUUUUUUAACGAUGACUAAGUGAGGAAACUGUGGUGUUGUGAAUUUUCUGACUGUUUCUACGGAGGUUUGUUUUUUUCCUGGAAACUGGAUCCAAGUUGAAAACUUUCCCGUUUCCUCCUUUUUUCUUGGGUUUCCUUUUUUAUGUAUUUAUGAACAUUUCCUAUGUUGAUGCUCUUCUGCAGCCCAGGGUGACCCCCACGCCCACUGUAAAUGGAUGUUACAGUUUCUGUAUGUUCAGUGUUGAUGAAGCUGAAUUUAGUCCUUCUGAGGGAAAAUAAAAUUUUUCUGCGUUUGAAAGAAUUUAGUUGUUAGGCAGGAGACAUAGCCGGCCAAACGAUGCCCGACUAGAAAUGCAUCCAGGCAUCUUUUUUUCUGUUCACCAUUCCAUGCAGAACAAUAAACAGCUUGAUUAUGCAACAUGAUUUUUUUCUUUCCCAUCUGUUUCUUUCUCCACCUCCUCCUCCUACAUGCCUCCACCGCUGCGGAGCGACAGGACACCGAGAUCGGACCUCCUGCUCCGGUUCCUCCCAGGAAUCAAUUAUUCUAAUGAUCAGUAAAUCUUCUCUUUAAUGUCUCCAUUAACGGAUCAAUUCUUCUCUUUCUGCAUCAAAUGAAACAAAAACCCGAUCAGCAACCCAGAGAUGGUGCUUUGGUCUGGAACAGAGGAAACCGGGCCGGUUCUGAUGAACCGGGCAGCAGGUCCGAUCACAGCCGAACCAGAGCUGGAACCAGAACCGAUCCAAACCUCACUCCCCCAGAAGAGCUCUGCUGCCCCAUCAGGAAACGGAGGGGCAGUUUUUAACCCCCAUCAUGCCCCAGGAACAGGAGCCCCUUCUCCAGCUGCUGCUGGACAGGCGGGGGUCAGGGGUCAGGGUGUUUUUGAACAGAUGACUGAUGGAGGACUAGACCGUGCCUCCAUCUUGCUUCUCCACAGCCAAUCAUGGCGCAGCAGUCUAAUCUGCAUGAGAACUAUGCACUGACUAACAGCCUUCACGUCCCUCCAGAGGGGGCGCCGUGGAGCAAACCCAGGAACCAGCAUACUGUACCAUAUAUGAAGAUAUGAAAUGUAGUGCCUGUGAAGCUGUAUUCUCCUGAACCUGUUUAUAUCUCCGGAACACCAGUAGCCUUCUGACUCUAGCUGAUGUUCAAUAAUCACCAAUAAUCACCUGAUGUAACCUGCAUGCUCCGCCAUAGCGCCUCGCAAGACAGCAAGUAGGAAAAACAACGAACUUCCUGUUCAUCUUCACCCUCCUCUUCAUCAACUCACCACCAUCUGCAAGGGACGUCUGACAGGCAUCCACUGCAGGACGAGGGGCCCCAACGGGCCCUGCCAUGAUGGGAUGCCAUCAGGAUGAGACUCGCACUCUGAUGGGUCCCUCUGAUGGGUCCCGUUCUGAGUCCUUCAGCCUCGCACAGUUUUAAUCAGACAAUCUCCAGAUCACUGUUAGCAUCAGCAAACAUCCAGCUGGUUCCCUCACACACACACACACACACACACACACACACAUAUAUAUAUAUAUAUAUAUAUAUAUAUAUAUAUACAGUAUAUAUACACACACAUUCUUAUUAAUCUCCCACAUGAGGCCUGAAGGUAGCCUACAGCGUUGUGGGGUCCACACACACACUCCAGCAUGCAUUGACCAACAGCCCCACCCAUACCCCUUCCUCCUCCCCGGGCUGUUUCCUGCAGAAGAACCAAUCGAUGGCUUCUGCGUUUUUCUGCAGUGCUCAGCAUUAUCUAGCCUGACUCCCCCAGACUCCUCCACUACCCCCCUCCACCUCCUGCCCCCGGCAGGACUUUAAACGAGCUGCUGCUCCUCCAGGAUCAGAGCGGUUUAAAGGGAAGGCGGCUGCAGUACCUGGGAGCCUCCGCCUUGCCCCCCCAGCCCGGACCAGCUGGGGUCGAUCGGCUUGUCUAGCUCACCUCCAGUGGCUCCUGCAGCCUGUCGAUGCUGCUCACAUCUUUGAAACUCAACAGUUUCUUCGACUCGGGCAUCUCUUUCAGGCAGAAAACUUUGUUGAUGACCAGACUGUUUUCUUAAAGAGCAAUGCCAUUGAAUCUGCAAGCUGUCUGUUUCUGUCUUCAGAGGACACAGAUUCAUUUACAGAAACCAAACAUCUAUCAAACAUUCCUCUUUCAAAGUGCUUGAGAUUUAAGGAAGGAGCAUUAGAUGGCUGGCAGUCAGACUUUAAGAUGUUUUAUUGACAUACGAUUAUGAAUAUUUGUCUAGACAGCCGGGUCAUACCACACUUUGUUUCAAUGGGGUGCUCCUCAUCCUCUCUGGCUUAGGCUCUGACCGGAGAAAGAGGAGUUAACAUCCUUUUCAUUGUUAGGCUGAUGUUUCUGUUGCUUCUGCAGCAAGAUGUUACAAACUCCAGGAGCUGGCUGAUAACAUAUCAGUUACCCAGAGGGAAAUGUACAUGACCCAGUUAUUUAUUCAUUUCUUAUCACUGAAAAUUUUUUGUAAAUACAUCAGAAAGGUUUUAUGGUAGUAAAGCAAAGCAUGGUGAAAGAUUUAUACUUUCAGAAUUUACCAAAGUCUGACGUUUACCAAUGUCAAACUUUAAAACUAUUUAGCUCAUAAAGUCUUCAGUAUAGGCGAUUUAGCGGCUUUCCACAUGUAGAAACGUUGGCAGAAAUUUUCUUUGGAAACUUUUUUUAAAUCCUGUUUUCUAAAUCUGAAUAAUUAAAUUUCUCUCCCAUAAGGUAUUUUAUACAAUAAAUAUCUUAACCUUAUAAAAUCUGAAUAAUUUGCUACAGAUGUUGGCAUUUGCAUGCUAACAGAAUGAAAUCAUGCUGAGCUUGUGAAUUGUGACAUCAGUAUAUCGAUAAUAGUGACUUGUACAUAUUAAGAAAUUAGCAAGGCUAACUAAACAUAAAAAUUAUUGGACACAAGCAUUAGCACGAGCCGGCUAACACUGAAUAAAACCUAAAUAAUUGUGGAAAUUAGCCAUAUGCUACCAUUCACAACAAAUACAUGAUUAACUAAACUUCCUCCAUAACUUAAACUCUUGUUAAUUAGCGGGGUUCUUUGUUAGAAAUUAUUUUCAGAUUUUAGCAAUAGAGCCCUAAUAGUAAAUAAAUGUUCAAAAAUUGGAUUAAUUAGCUGUGGAGAUUAACCCUAGCUGACUACCAAUAAAUUAAACCAUAACAAUUAGUUGAGUAUGUUACCAUUGGUUUAGUAACACAAAUGACAACAAAUUAGUCUGCUAACAAUAAGUAAUAAUAUACUGUACAUUAGCAAAAUGCUAACAUUUGGGAUUUGUACAUAGCUAAUAUUAGUUGGAAGGAUUAGAAGUAAUUAAUAGAACUCAUUAGAAAUCCUUUUAAAAAGCUGCGGACAUUAGUGUUAGCACCAGCAAUAAAUAAACCACAUUAAUUGUGAAAUUAAGCAUUAGCAUGUUAAAACUAAAUAAAAUCUAAAUAAUUAAUGUGGACAUUAGCAGCAUGUUAACACAACGACUAGAAUAUAGACUUAGUUAGCAGCAGAGAUUAGUAACAUUAACUAAAACUAACAUACAUUUUCUAUAGAUAUAAGUGUUAGCAGAUGACUAAUAGAUAAAAUUACAAUAAGUAACUGGUGAUGCUAGCUUUUGUGUCUUAAUGCUGAAUGAAACAAUCAAAUAAUCAGCUGUGGAAUUAUCAGCAUGUUAACAUUAAUAAAAUAGUUAAAACUAUUAGUAGUGGUUAAUAGCAGUUCCCAUGUGUUAAUUAGAUGGGGACAAUACUGUUAGCACUAGCACUGAAGAAAACCCAAUUCAUUAGCUGUGAACAUAAGCACUAAAAAUACAAUUAAAUUAUGUCAAAUAGUUAGUGUGAACAUUAGCUACAUGCUCACAUGUUACUAGCAAAUGUUACAUAAACUUACUUAAAAGUAGAAAUUAGUAACACACACAAGAUCACAAUAAUUAGCUGGAUGCUAGCAUUACCCUGCUAGCACUAAAAAAAUCCAGCUGGCUUUUAGCUUUAGCAUGCUAAUAUUGAAUUAAAUUCCAGUAACUAGCUGCGGACAAUAGUAGCAUCCUAAUUAGUUGUGGUAAGUGGUAGUAGAAAGGAUCAGUAAGAUUUCCAUGUAUUUCUGGGAGUUGGGGUCCACAGCUGCUUGUCAAAAGUUAAAAUCCGUAAAUACUCGAGUCCCCCUCUAAACUCUUUUAACUGCCUGCUUUAAAUACCAAAAGCUAAAUUUAGCUUAAUUUGCAUUAGUGCUGUCAUAGCACUACUUCAGAACAUAACAGUCCUCAUUAUUUCUGCUUUUGAGGGUUCAGACAAUCAGCGCCAAGGAAAAUAAAUGCAGCUCCUGGAUUGUCUGCUUUGCAAAUGCCAGCUAGUUGUGUGUCAAGAAGCAUCGCAUCAGGUACUUCAGCUGCCCAAGAGGCAUUUUCUUUUAAAUAUUCUAGAUAUGGUCUGCGAAAAAAAUGUAAAAAUGUAAAUUUUCCAUGAAUCUACAAAUAGACAGGGUCCACCAUAACAAAAAUGUACAAUAAUGUUAAAAUACUAAUGUUAUAUUAAUUUUUUGUGUUAGCAGUCUACCAGAAGAUAAGACAAUUUUGUAUUAACAUUAGCAUUAGCUUUGGAACAAGUACUACUCACUGCCAAUGACAUUAGUGAGAGUUAGCAACUUUCAAUUUCCAACUCACUGCUGCUGUUCAGAAGGUUAACUGGAAAACUCCAGCAAGUUUAAGGUUUAUCAGGACAAAAAUGGAUGGAAGUGGAACAAAACAUGGCUGGUCAGCAGAGCAUUGGCAUUGCCCUUUAGGAGAAUAGCAUAGAAUAGAAUAGAAAUAUUAGCAUCAGGCUUUACUCCACACUGUGUUGAAAUCUCUUGUGUAACUCAAUCCAGGGAUUCGUUUUUACAGUCUUUCCAAACUGCCCUCCUGUUUUCUGGGCUCUUGAUGUUUUUAACUGUUUGAACUGAUCACCAGUGAAAUAAUCAGUUCGAUCAGCUUUCAGGAUGUUCAAUAAUCAGUUUGAUCAGCCUUAAGGAAUCGUCUUGUUGCCUUUGUCUGGGUGCCCUGGAGGUGGCGCUACGUGUCGCUAACGACAAUCUUUAGGAAGGAGAGCUUUAUAAUCCCCUGAGCGAGGCUGGAGAGGCAGAACCCCAACGUUUCCCAUCAUUCCCUGCUCACUGCCUGAAUCACCAUGGAAACCAGUUCAACUAUCCAGCCCUUCCCUCCAUCCUCACCUGAAACGGACUGAUACCUCGUGCCUCAACAGCAAGGCGGCGCUUUGAGCCGACCUGGUGUCACGUGAUGUCCAGUGUUUCAUUUGGCCGGUUCUGUUCUACCGGGUCGUUCUGUCUGUCUGUCUGUCUGUCUGUCGCUUCUGUUGACCUUCGGUCCGUCUCCGCCGCCAUGUCCGCUCAGACUCAACUUACUGGAAGCAAAAUGUGCGUUUCCUAUGCAACCACAUGAAAAUAAAGAUGCUAAAGCUAACGA